GUGCACUGGACCCCCUUUCUUCAACCAUCUCCCACUGCUCCAUUCUUUAUUCAUUCUUACUAUCCCACAAUUUCCCCAGUCAAAGUAGUCUCAGCUCAACCCUUUCCCCCCUUUCUCUCUCUCUCUCUCAAUUUGUUUUCAAAGAUUCCUUCGCCAUUCGAAUCGACCCAUUUAAAUGUUUGUUUUCACCUCCUAUUUCUUCCUCGUCAACUUCGUUUCUUGCUAGGGACUCUGAAUCUCUCAACCGAACCUGGGGCUGAAUUUUGUGAUCCGUAGGGAGAUAAGUGGUCAGGCUGUGAGAUUUUGAGUCGUUUCCAUGGGGAUAUGCUUUAGCGCCAAGAUUAAAGCUGUUAGCACAUGCAGUACAGGAGGAAACUUAAACAGCAUGAGCAGGGAUGCGAUCGAUCUCUCUAGUUCAAGCAUCAACAGCAAGUUCUCAUCAACGUCAAUUCCUCGUAGUGAGGAUGAGAUUCUUCAUUCCUCUAAUCUGAAGAGCUUUAGUUUUUCGGAACUUAAACUGGCCACUAGGAAUUUCCGUCCUGAUAGUUUGUUGGGGGAAGGUGGGUUUGGUUCGGUUUAUAAAGGUUGGAUCGAUGAGCAUUCAUUUUCUGCUGCCAAGCCAGGGUCUGGCACUGUCGUUGCGGUGAAAAGGCUUAACCUAGAUGGUCUCCAAGGUCACAAGGAGUGGCUGGCUGAAGUCACUUUUCUGGGACAACUCCAUCAUUCUCACCUUGUGAAACUGAUAGGCUACUGUUUGGAAGAUGAACACCGAUUGCUGGUGUAUGAAUUCCUUCCACGGGGCAGUUUGGAAAACCAUUUGUUUAGAAGAGGGCUGUAUUUUCAACCUCUUUCUUGGAGCCUUCGCUUGAAGAUCGCUCUUGGUGCUGCAAAGGGACUGGCUUUCCUUCACAGUGAGGAAAACAAAGUUAUAUACCGUGACUUCAAAACGUCAAAUAUACUCCUUGACUCUAACUAUAAUGCAAAGCUCUCAGAUUUUGGGCUGGCAAAGGAUGGACCUACUGGAGACAAAAGUCAUGUGUCGACCAGAAUUAUGGGGACCUAUGGAUAUGCAGCUCCUGAAUAUCUAGCUACAGGUCAUCUUAGUGCCAAGAGUGAUGUGUAUAGCUUUGGGGUUGUUCUAUUGGAGAUGAUAUCUGGUCGAAGAGCCAUCGACAAAAAUCGACCACAGGGUGAACAGAAUCUGGUAGAAUGGGCCAAACCCUUGCUUGCUAAUCGACGCAAGACUUUUCGUUUACUUGACGCACGUAUUGAACGCAACUACUCCAUGGAAUCAGCUUUUAGAUUAGCAGUCCUUGCAUCACGUUGCCUAUCUGCAGAACCCAGGUUCAGGCCGAAUAUGGACGAAAUUGUUACGAUGUUGAACGAUCUCCAGGAUUCGAAAGGAACUGGAGGACCAAGAAGAUCAAGGACUUGUAAGCAAAACACAGACAGUGGCAACAAGGAAGUCACUGCUUAUCCUAGACCAUCUGCAUCUGCUCUCUUUACGUAAGUUUGGGUCUUCGACAGAACAUAGAAAAUGAAAACCCAAUGUGGUGAUGGGAGAGAGAGGAGGAAAGAAUCUCGGCUUAUACAUCGUCGAGCAGCUGUAUAGUGUUCUUAUUUCCACUAAUGCAUAUUUAACUUGCUACAUGGGAAACAGAAGCAGGGAGCAAGGUUGAAAAUGCUACCGCUGUAGUGAUGGGUAUAGCUAUAUUGUGUUUCAGUUUUGUAAUGCUUUUCUUCUUCUUCUUCUUCUUUUUUCAUUUUUCCAGAUUUCUGUGGGUGGGAUCUGUGUUAUUGAGUUUAUUAUAAAAUGCAUAGUUAAUGAAUGAAAAAGGAUUUUUUCAGUUUAGAGAUCAAA